UAGGGAAUCCCCCCCCCCCAAAAAAAAUCGAUCUUCCUGGUUGAGAUCGACUCGUACGUACACGGACAGGACCGGUGCCUUCACAAGAACAACAAGCCCGAGGAAAUUUACGACGCGCCUAUUGCAUCGAAAACUUCCCCGAUUACUUGUCGACCACGUCCGAAAUACUGUUCGUCCAUGUGUUGAUAUCUCAGGAUUAGUCAGGUUAAUAUUUAAUGGGCCACUGUUUUUAAGCUGCAAACACAGUGAUUGUGGCUAGUCGAAAUGUCGGGCUAUCCAGCAGGCCAUUACGAUGAUGGCUAUGGCCAAGGCCAGGGCCAGGGCCAGGGCCAGGGUGGUGGUGGUGGUGGUGGCCAUCAGGACCAGCAUGCCGAUGCUUACUACCAGGAUGAACAUGGCCAGGGUGGCUAUUAUGACCCUCAUGACUAUGGGGAUGGCUAUUACGACAACAGAGGCGGCUAUUACAACGCGGAGGGGGGCAAUGAGAAUGCCUACCACCAAGAGGGUGGAUAUUACGACGCUGGCCACCAGGAUGACUACUACGGCGACCAGUACUACGACCAAGGAAAUGGGGCUAGAGGUAGACGUGGAGGUCGCGAUUCAGAGGAAGAAUCCGAAACGUUUAGCGACUUUACCAUGAGAUCUGAGACUGCUCGUGCAGCUGACAUGGAUUACUAUGGUCGCGGAGACGAAAGGUACAACAGCUAUACUGAUAGCCAGUAUGCAGGACGAGGCUAUCGCCCUCCCUCUUCGCAAGUAUCCUAUGGCGGUAAUCGGUCUUCUGGAGCCUCGACCCCCGUGUAUGGCAUGGACUACGGCAAUUCCUUGCCCGCGAGCCAGCGAUCUCGAGAGCCAUACCCCGCCUGGGCUUCAGACGGCCAAAUCCCCGUCUCUAAGGAAGAGAUCGAAGAUAUCUUCCUCGACUUGGUUAAUAAAUUCGGUUUCCAGCGCGACAGCAUGCGAAAUAUGUAUGAUCAUCUGAUGACGCAGUUGGACUCUCGUGCUUCCCGCAUGACUCCAAACCAGGCUCUUUUGUCGUUGCAUGCUGAUUACAUUGGGGGUGACAAUGCAAACUACCGACGCUGGUAUUUUGCAGCCCACUUGGAUCUCGACGAUGCGGUGGGUUUCUCCAAUAUGAAUCUGGGCAAAGCAGACCGUAAGACCAGAAAGGCCCGCAACGCGGCCAAGAAAAAGGCCCAAGAGAACCCCGAAAAUGUUGAAGAAAACCUCGAGGCUUUGGAGGGCGAUAAUAGUUUGGAAGCUGCUGAAUAUCGAUGGAAGACGCGGAUGAACCGAAUGUCUCAGCAUGACCGCGUGCGCCAAUUAGCAUUGUUCUUGCUUUGCUGGGGUGAGGCAAACCAAGUCCGUUUCCUGCCGGAGUGUUUGUGCUUCAUCUUCAAGUGUGCAGACGAUUAUUACAACUCUCCCGAAUGCCAGAAUCGCGUGGAACCGGUUGAGGAGUUCACUUAUCUGAACGAGAUUAUUACACCCCUCUACCAGUUCUGCCGUGACCAAGGGUACGAAAUCAUGGAUGGCAAAUAUGUUCGUCGGGAGCGCGACCACAACCAAAUCAUCGGAUACGACGAUAUGAACCAGCUUUUCUGGUAUCCAGAAGGUAUUGAGCGAAUCGCACUGGAGGAUAAGACUCGACUGGUUGAUAUCCCGGCUGCCGAGAGAUGGGUCAAGCUGAAGGAAGUCAACUGGAAAAAAGCCUUCUUCAAGACUUUCAAGGAAACACGGUCAUGGUUCCACUUGAUCACCAACUUCAACCGCAUCUGGGUUAUCCACUUUGGCGCUUUCUGGUUCUUUACUGCCUACAAUGCGCCUACUCUCUACACGCACGAUUACAAGCAGCAGGUGAAUAACAAACCCCCAGGCUCGAGGUAUUGGUCUGCUGUUGGUUUCGGCGGUGCGGUCGUUGCGUUGGUCCAAGUUCUCGCCACGCUGGCUGAAUGGUUGUACGUGCCCCGACGCUGGGCGGGCGCUCAACAUCUCACGAAGCGCCUGCUGUUCCUCCUUGCGCUCCUCGUCAUCAAUCUGGCCCCCGGUGUUUUUGUCUUUGGAUUCUCUGACAGCGUUAAUGCCAAAAUUCCUCUUGCUGUCGGCAUCGUACAUUUCUUCAUCGCUCUGGCCACAUUCUUUUUCUGUGGUAUCAUGCCUCUCGGUGGUUUAUUUGGCAGCUAUCUGAAGAAGAAUGGUCGUCAAUACGUUGCCAGUCAGACGUUUACUGCGAGCUAUCCAAGGUUGAAAGGCAAUGACAUGUGGAUGUCCUAUGGUCUGUGGGUUUGUGUGUUUGGCGCCAAGUUGUGUGAGUCGUACUUCUUCUUGACGCUCUCUCUCAAAGACCCCAUUCGCAUUCUGUCGCCGAUGAAGAUUCAUCACUGUGCCGGUGUCACGUAUAUUCCGAACGUCCUCUGCCGUGCCCAACCUCAGAUUCUUCUCGGCCUCAUGUUCUUCAUGGAUUUGACGCUCUUCUUCCUCGACAGCUACCUGUGGUAUAUUAUCUGUAAUACCAUUUUCUCUGUCGCUCGGUCUUUCUAUCUGGGUGUCUCCAUCUGGUCCCCCUGGAGAAACAUCUUCUCUCGCCUCCCCAAGCGUAUUUACUCGAAGGUUUUGGCUACCACGGACAUGGAAAUCAAGUACAAGCCAAAGGUCUUAAUUUCCCAAGUGUGGAAUGCCAUCAUCAUUUCUAUGUACCGGGAGCAUCUGCUUGCUAUCGAUCAUGUUCAGAAAUUGCUCUACCAUCAAGUUCCCUCGGAGCAAGAAGGCAAGCGAACUCUUCGAGCACCCACUUUCUUCGUUUCCCAGGAGGAUCAGUCCUUCAAGACCGAAUUCUUUCCCUCAGGCAGUGAAGCUGAGCGUCGUAUUUCAUUCUUUGCGCAAUCUGUAUCCACUCCCAUGCCUGAGCCUCUGCCUGUUGACAACAUGCCAACAUUCACGGUCUUGAUCCCGCAUUAUGGCGAGAAGAUUCUGCUGUCUCUUCGUGAAAUUAUCCGUGAAGAUGAACCUUACUCUCGCGUGACUCUUCUGGAGUACCUGAAGCAGCUUCAUCCCCAUGAGUGGGACUGCUUUGUUAAGGAUACCAAGAUCUUGGCUGAUGAGACCUCUCAGUUCAAUGGAGAAUCUGAGAAAACUGAGAAAGACGCUGCCAAAAGCAAAAUCGAUGAUCUUCCAUUCUACUGCAUUGGUUUUAAGUCCGCUGCCCCGGAAUACACCCUCCGAACCCGUAUUUGGUCUUCGUUGCGUUCCCAGACGCUCUAUAGAACUAUUUCUGGUUUCAUGAACUAUAGCAGGGCUAUCAAGCUCCUCUACCGUGUCGAGAACCCUGAAGUUGUCCAGAUGUUUGGCGGAAACUCAGAGAAACUGGAGCGUGAGCUAGAGCGAAUGGCUCGUCGCAAGUUCAAGAUUUGCGUCUCUAUGCAGCGUUAUGCCAAGUUCACCAAAGAGGAACGUGAAAACACAGAAUUCCUUCUUCGCGCUUAUCCCGACCUUCAAAUCGCAUACCUGGAUGAAGAACCUCCUGCCGAGGAGGGCGAAGAGCCCCGCCUGUAUUCUGCUCUGAUUGAUGGACACUGCGAGCUCCUCGAGAAUGGCAUGCGUAAACCUAAAUUCAGAAUUCAACUUUCCGGAAACCCGAUUCUUGGUGACGGCAAAUCCGAUAACCAAAACCAUUCGAUCAUCUUCUACCGUGGUGAAUAUAUUCAGGUCAUUGAUGCCAAUCAGGAUAACUAUCUUGAAGAAUGCUUGAAGAUCCGUAGCGUUCUGGCUGAAUUCGAGGAAUUGACAACUGAUAACGUCUCCCCUUACACCCCUGGCGUUCCCUCCUCCGGCGAGACUCCCGUUGCUAUUCUCGGUGCCCGUGAAUACAUUUUCUCCGAGAACAUUGGUGUUCUGGGUGACGUUGCUGCUGGAAAAGAACAGACGUUCGGUACCUUGUUCGCACGUACCCUUGCUCAGAUCGGCGGAAAGCUUCAUUACGGUCACCCGGAUUUCCUCAAUGGCAUCUUCAUGACCACUAGAGGUGGUAUUUCCAAAGCGCAGAAGGGUCUGCACUUGAACGAGGAUAUUUAUGCUGGUAUGAAUGCUAUGAUUCGUGGCGGCCGCAUCAAGCACUGUGAAUACUUCCAAUGCGGUAAAGGUCGUGAUCUUGGCUUCGGUUCUAUUCUCAACUUCACAACCAAGAUUGGUACUGGUAUGGGUGAACAGAUGCUGUCUAGAGAGUACUAUUACCUUGGUACCCAGCUUCCUCUUGACCGGUUUUUGUCAUUCUAUUAUGCGCACGCUGGUUUCCACAUUAACAACAUGUUUAUCAUGUUGUCAGUGCAAAUGUUCAUGAUUGUCCUCAUUAACCUGGGUGCCCUGAAGCACGAGACGAUCAUGUGCCACUAUAACCCGAACUUGCCUAUCACUGACCCUCUCCGACCUACCGGAUGUGCAAAUCUCACCCCUAUCGUCAACUGGGUCAAUCGUUGUAUUAUUUCCAUCUUUAUUGUGUUCUUCAUCUCCUUCGUGCCCCUGGCGGUUCAAGAGUUGACUGAGAGAGGAUUGUGGCGCAUGGCUACACGUCUAGCAAAGCACUUUGGUUCUUUCUCGUUCAUGUUUGAGGUGUUUGUGUGCCAGAUCUAUGCUAAUGCUGUUCACCAAAACUUGUCUUUCGGUGGUGCUCGCUACAUUGGUACUGGUCGUGGGUUUGCCACUGCUCGUAUUCCAUUUGGUGUGUUGUACUCUCGUUUUGCCGGUCCCUCAAUCUACGCUGGGGCUCGCGCUCUCCUCAUGCUUCUCUUUGCCACAUCCACCGUCUGGACGGCGUCUCUCAUUUGGUUCUGGGUUUCUCUGCUCGCCCUCUGCAUCUCGCCGUUCCUCUUCAACCCCCACCAAUUCGCCUGGAAUGACUUCUUUAUUGAUUAUCGUGAUUAUAUCCGUUGGCUUUCUCGCGGUAACUCUCGAUCGCAUGCAUCUUCCUGGAUUGGUUUCUGUCGGUUGUCUCGUACCCGUCUCACUGGUUACAAGCGCAAACUUCUCGGUGUGCCUUCGGAGAAAGGAUCUGGCGAUGUUCCCCGAGCUCGCAUCACCAAUAUCUUCUUUAGUGAGAUCAUCGCCCCCUUGGUUUUGGUUGCCGUAACGCUCGUUCCGUACCUUUACAUCAACUCUCGAACUGGUGUUGUGAAUGCUACGGCCAGAAACGCCAUUGUCCGUAUCGCAAUCGUCGCAUUUGGACCUAUUGCUGUCAAUGCUGGCGUUUCUGGUAUGUUCUUCGGCAUGGCCUGUUGUAUGGGUCCACUCUUGGGUAUGUGCUGCAAGAAAUUUGGUUCUGUUUUGGCUGCUAUCGCCCACGCUGUUGCCGUCAUCAUCCUCCUUGUAAUUUUUGAGGUUAUGUUUUUCCUCGAACACUGGUCUUGGCCUCGUUGCGUGUUGGGCAUGAUUGCUAUGGCUGCAAUCCAACGCUUCAUCUACAAGCUUAUCAUCUCACUGGCUCUCACUCGCGAGUUCAAGCAUGAUCAGUCAAAUAUUGCCUGGUGGACUGGAAAAUGGUAUAGCAUGGGAUGGCACACUCUCUCCCAACCAGGCCGCGAAUUUCUCUGCAAGAUCACUGAGUUGGGCUAUUUCGCCGCGGACUUUGUCCUUGGCCAUAUUCUCUUGUUUGUCAUGUUGCCUGCACUUUGCGUCCCCUACAUCGACAACUUCCAUUCCGUUAUCCUUUUCUGGCUGCGACCAAGGUAAGCUCCCCUGUUGCGCUAUCGUUUUCUUUUGGGUCUUCUAACCUUCAUCUAGUCGACAAAUUCGUCCUCCCAUCUAUUCUAUCAAGCAGUCUAAACUCCGCAAGAGAAGGGUCGUUCGUUUCGCUAUCUUGUACUUUGCGAUGCUUGUCUUGUUCCUCGUCCUUCUCAUCGCGCCCCUGAUUGCCCGGAAUAUGAGUAUCUCGUUACCCACCAUUCCGAUGGAUCUCAUGCAGCCCCUGGACGCCAACAACAACGACACUACCACCGACUA